AUGGCGGCGACUGGGUUUGAUCCCGAUGGCAGCAGCGAUUCUUCUCUGUCAGGAGACGAUGGUGACAAGCCUAGAGUCACUGGUAGCUACUGUUGUGUUCCGUUGUGCAAAUCUGAGUAUGGAAAACCAAAUUCACCAAAGUUCCAUGACUUUCCAACCGAUCGUGCUUUGAAGUCUGCUUGGCUACAUGCCAUUCGUCGUGAUGAAGGGAAGCACUUCAAGGUGAAGCCGAAAACAACAAAAGUUUGCGGACUACACUUCCAAGAAAGUGACUAUCGUGUUGUGAGUGAUCGUGCUUUGAAACGAAGACAAAAGGAGGGAAAGGGUGGCAAGCCUCGACCGCGCUUGGUACCUGGAACAGUACCUACCGUCUUCUCGUUCCAUAAAUCAGCGACACAGGGCCCUUCGCGAAAACCACCAGCUAAGCGGGUGUUCUUGAAGCCGGUUACGUCAGACUCCAGUUCGAGUGACGAAGAUGCUCAGGCAAUGGUUGUGGAUGACGGUGAGGGCAGCCACCAGGACGACUCAGUGGAUGAGUUGGAGAGACUCAGGCAACAAGUAGCAGAAUUGAACUUGAAAAAUGAGAAGCUUGACUUAGAACUGCAGUCCGCUAAGUCGUCUCGGGAUGUGAGUGUGGGUCUUUGCUCCAAACUGUGGAAAGAGCAAAAGACAUUGGAAGAGGAGCUCAGGCAGACAAAGGAAAGCCUGGUCCUGCACAAAUUUGACAUCCGUAGGUUCUCUGAGAAGGCCCACAUGGUGAAGCUCUACACCGGCUUCACGUCAUUUGACAUGUUUAUGGCAUGUUUUCGCUAUCUGGAGUCAGACGCUGCUGAGAUGCGAGCUUGGAAAGGAUCGAGGACGAAGCUUGAUGGUGAGCGACUCGGGAGAAAGAAUGGUCCAUUGCCUAAACUCAGCCUGGAGAUGCAAUUCUUCUUUGUAUGUGUCAGGUUACGGCAAGGACUCGUGUUGGACGAUCUGGCAGAUCGAUUCAAGGUGGACAGUUCAACCCUGUCAAGGUACUUCACGUCAUGGGUGAAUUUGAUGUAUGUGACCUUUAAAGAAUUGCUGGUGUUCCCGUCUCGUCGGCGUAUCGACAAAGACAUGCCCAAAUCUUUCAAGAUAUACUACCCCACUACUAGAGUCAUUAUUGACUGCACUGAGUUUUUCAUCGAGCGGCCGUCCCGUCUGUCCACCAACAAUGCAGCAUUCUCCGCUUACAAAAAUCACACCACGUGCAAGUCCCUCAUUGGAAUCACUCCUAACGGAACUAUCAGCUUUGUCUCCACGUUGUAUGAGGGGUCAAUCUCGGACAGGGAUAUAGUCAUUGACUCGGGCUUCAUCUCACUGAUGGACCAUGGUGACUCAGUCAUGGCGGACAAGGGCUUCAACAUCCAAGACCUCCUUGCUCCAUACGGUGUCCGGCUGAAUAUUCCACCAUUUAACACCAAGGCACAUCAAAUGCUCCCCCAGGAUGUUGUCGAAACGAAGUCCAUCGCUGCUGUAAGAAUUCAUGUGGAAAGAGCCAUCAACCGCAUCAAGCAAUAUCGUCUUCUUGAUGGUGUCAUUGACAACAAUUUAUUUGAUAUUCUUGAGCAAGCUGUCUUCUCAGCGUGUGUUUUAUGCAAUUACCAACCCACAUUGGUUGCUACCUGA